GUCUUCCUGGUUCCCAUCAUGCCUCGUAAUCAUGGCGGCCGCCGUAAUUUCAUAACAUUUGUAUGACGUCGGCGUUACCGGGUGGAUUAUUGCAGCUCUCGGCGCGGCAGUGUGCUGUUAUUGUUGCUUUAAGGGGAGAUUGUGAGCCAUGCCUAAAUAUUACGAGGACAAAGAGGAGGACGGCAGAGCCUGCGCCGGCAUCAGGGAGGACUUCAAGGCUUGUCUCCUUCAGCACGACUGUGUGGUGAAGGAGGGUAAGAUGCCCAGUGAGUGUCUGAAGGAAGGCCACUGCAAAGCCCUGCAGACGUCGUUCUUCGAGUGCAAGCGGUCUAUGCUGGACACGAGGUCAAGAUUCAGAGGGAGGAAAGGCUACUGAGGACCCAGCGCAGCGUCUGACUUGGCUGCGUCGUCGAGCAGAGACCAGAUUGAACCGCUGCAUCUAUUUGUACUGAUUGAAAUCAAUGCUGCGGCGUGUGAGACGGCGCAUCUUCAGAACUAUCGGUGCCUCAUCUGCAGCGCAGGCGGGGGAAUAGCGGCAGCAAGCCACAGAAUGUGAAAGAUCCCGCGGCAGGAGCACGCGUUGACCUUUAUUAACACGUGGGGCUGGAAAAAGACGAGAGCUCUUAUUGGUUGGAGCAUUUAGCGUGUUUUUUUUUUUCUUGUUAUUUUGGAUGAGUGUGUGAUUUUGAAUGGAAAAUGCCAAUUUAAAUAAAUGAUGAAAGUCAAA